AUGCCCAGCACACGAACCCGCGGGACCGCACCCGUCGAGGUCGAGGAUGCGCCUGAACAGACUUCCACCCUGCAGUUUAACGAGCCGUUGACAUGGCGCGCCGGAAAGCCCAUACCCGUCGGGGAGCUUCUGAAGAGGCUGAAGGCGCUACAAGAAGAGCUAUGCGACAUGGAUCAGGAGGAGGCGGACAGGGAAGCCCUCAUGCCCGUCGCAAAGGAGCUCGCCUCGCACAACUUGAUCGCGCACAAGGACCGAGGCGUUAGAGCAUGGACAGCAUGCAAUAUAGUAGACAUGUUCAGACUAUGCGCCCCAGAUGCGCCUUACACGGCCCCGCAGCUGAAGGAUAUCUUCGCCCUCUUCGUCACCACGAUAUUUCCCGCCCUGGCCGAUCCGUCGAAUCCAUACAACAACCAGCAUAUCUACGUCCUGAAGUCACUGGCUGAGGUUAAGAGCAUCGUUCUGCUGACAGAUAUACCUUCCUCCUCGAACCUGAUCCUACAGCUCUUUACCGCAUGCUUCGAUGUUUUGUCUACACCUUCCAAGGCGGAGAACGGCGAGGAGCUGAGCAAGAAUGUCGAGCACCACAUGACCGCUGUUCUGGCCACGCUGGUGGACGAGUCGCAGGGCCUACCGGCCGAGGUGGUAGAUGUCAUUCUAGCCCAGUUUCUGCGCGCAGACCCUCGAGCCAUGUCCGGGGGAGGCCCAAAAAAAAACAAGGGUGGCCAGAUUGAUGAUCGACAGUCAACACUGCUACUCAAGGAAGCGCCGCCGGCCUACAACAUGGCAAAAAACAUAUGCAAUGCAUGUCCGGAGAAAAUGGCGCGAUAUAUCAGCCAGUACUUCAGUUCUGUCAUUAUAGACGCUUCGUCUAUCUCAGCCAACAAACCUGGACGGCACCGCGCAAGUAAGCGAGGAAGCAGUCCGGCGGGCGAAUCCGACGAUGAGAGCCCACACGGACCAAGCGAAGAGGACCUCCACGAAACCAAGAAAGCUCACAGGCUGCUUCGCGAGCUGUGGCGGUCCGCACCAUCUGUGCUAUCGGACAUAGUACCCCAGCUGGAGACCGAAUUAGGCGCAGACGAUGUACAGCUCCGGCUCUUAGCGACUGAGACUCUGGGCGACAUGGUUUCCGGAAUAGGUGCCGCCGGCCCGCCCCCUCCGUCAGUUCUAAAUCCUGUAGCCUAUCCGUCCCAAAGCCUUGCGCAUCCUUCCGACAACCUGCGAGUCUAUAACUUCCUGACUACUCCAACCUCGCCGCACUCAUUCCCUUCGCGAUACCGUCAAGCAUACCAAAGCUUUCUGAGCCACAGAAACGAUAGGUCCGCGAUUGUGAGAUCUGCGUGGGCAACGAGUGCAGGAAGGAUCCUAAUGACAUCAGCCGGCGGCGUUGGACUGGACCCUGAGGAUGAGAGGAGAUUGAUCCGCGACAUGGCGGACAUGUUGGUCGACGUGGAUGAGAGGGUCCGCUUGGCUGCCAUCCAAGCCAUUGGGCGAUUUGAUUUCAAUGACAUUGUACGGAAAUUGGGCAGCAUGGGAGGAGUCAGCGAACCAGGCUCGAUCUUACACAACCUUGCGGAACGGGUAAAGGACAAGAAGGCCCACGUGCGGACAGAAGCAAUGGACCUGCUUGGCAAGAUUUGGGGAGUAGCCGUCGGCGCCAUUGCUGAAGGUGAUGACCGGAUAAGCAUGACGCUAGGGGCCAUUCCUUCGCGCAUCCUUGACACGUAUUACGUCAACUCGCCUGAGGUCAACGCUCAUGUGGACCGCGUUCUGUACGAGUCAUUGUUCCCCCUCGCGUAUCCUCCGAUCAAGGCCAAGCCGCAAACGAACGGUGCAUCGCAGCGCGUGAAGGACGGCCAACAAAACGGUGAUCAUGAGCCAGAAUCAGACGCCGACAGGAUACGAGUUGAGCGCGCUUUGGUCCUCAUCCGUGGUCUUGAACCAAAGGCUAAAACAAUCCUCUACGCUCGCACAGGCCAACAACAAGCGUCGCUAGCAAAGUACAUGGGUAUGUUCCUGGAGAAAUGCGAGGACUACAAUGGAGGCAUCAUGGAGGAAGGAGAGAAAGAGAUCAAGCAGCAUCUAACGCGGCUCAUUGACUUCUACAGCAAGACUCUACCAAAUCCUGUUCAAGCUUCCGAUGACCUUUGGAAGUUUGCGAAAAUGCACGACCGCCGCAGUUAUCAGCUGAUCCGAUUCGCCACGGCACCUGAUAGCAAUUACAAAAAGGUUCACAGAGCUAUCAAGGAGACAAUUAAGCGGAUCGAGGACUCCUCGUCUGCGUCAGGGUCUAUGGUGGAGACUUUGACUCCUCUACUGUACCGGACCAGUAUCCUGCUUUACAACAGAUCUCACGUGCCAGCGAUUAUCGACUACACCAGGACCGACGAGAAGGGGUUUGCGGAAACGGCGCAUGAAGUCCUGACGCAAAUCUCGACCCACAAUCCCGAGGUCUUCAAAGCCCACGUGCAAGACCUUUGCAAGGCGCUUGAGGAUGAAGCCCCGACAGCAGUCACGUCCAACGCGCCCGGUGCCGUUGCCGACCUGAAAGCAUGCGCGGGCUUUGCUAGGAGAUUCCCCGACAAUGUACCAAAAGAUCGCAAGUUCAUGCAGUCACUUGUCAGCUAUGCAAAGUUCGGUACACCAAAAGCAGCAAAGUAUGGUGUUUCGAUCAUCCUGAGCGGCGCCGACAAGAAGGAAAUGCUCGCAAAGGAUCUUCUGAGAUAUGCUAUCAAGGGCUUUGAAUUCGGCAAGGGCAACUAUCUGGCCAGACUAGCUACUCUAAGUCAGCUCAUGCUGAAUGCUCCCCCAGAGGUCAUUGAGGAGGAGAUCGACGCGGUCAUCGACAUUGCAAUCAACCACGUACUUCUUAAGGCUCGAAUAGUUAACCCAGAGUCGGAAGACGGCACUGCACCACCGGACUGGACGGACGAACCCGACGAGAAUACUGUAGCCAAGACGUGGGCAUUGAAGAUACUCGUAAAUCGCUUGCGCUCACUGAAAGACCAGGAGCCGGUAAAGGAAGUCGCGAAUCCGGUCUACAAACUCCUCAACGCUCUCGUCGCGAAGCGAGGUGAGCUGUCGAAAAAGAACGACUCCCUACCAGCGCAGAAGUCCUGGCUGUGCCUGCUAGCCGCACAGCUCUUGCUCAAGCUCUCCAGACAAGCUCGCUUUGACUCGUUACUCUCGCCGAAGGACUUCAAUCAGCUCGCCACCGUAGCACAACUACCUCAAAAGCAGGUGCGCGACGGGUUUGUCAAAAAACUGAUGAAGUACCUAGGUCAGGAACAGUUGCCUAAGCGCUUCUACACAAUCGUGUUUCUGCUCGCGCACGAACCGUCCCAGGAUAUCAAAGAUCGCGCCGUUACCUGGCUCCGCGCACGAGCGUCCGCUUUUGCCAAGCAGAAAGACACUGCUAUGGAAGCGCUUUUUGCGCGAUUCCUUAGUUUACGUGCCCACCAUCCUGACUUCCGCAAAAAUGCUGAAGAUUUGAAGGACGAAGUCACAUACAUUCUGUUUUACCUAAAAUGCGUCGCCAAUCAGGAUAACCUCCCACUGAUCUUCCAUGUCGCUCAACGGGUGAAGUCAGUGCAGGAUGGCAUUAAUCCGGAGAUGAGCGAGAACCUGUAUCUGCUAUCCGAUCUUUCCCAGGAGGUCAUCCGCCGCUUCCAAGAGCAGCACGGCUGGGCAAUGCAAGCAUGGCCGGGUAAGAUCCGCAUGCCGGCUGCCCUGUUCGCUGCUCUUCCAAGCCAUGAAGUGGCCCAGAAGAUUGCACAGAAGAACUACGUACCGGAGGAGGCUAUGGAAUUGCUUGAUGAUUGGAUCAAGGAGGGUCUACGGACGAAGAAGCGCAAAUCCGAGACCAAUGGAGACCACCGCGCAAAGAAACGCAAGGCCUCAACCAGCAACGGCACAUCCCGGCCAAAAGCGGUACCGAAGGGCAAAGCUAGCAAGGCCAGCAAAGGUCUCAAAACGCCCGUCUCCAAGAAAACCCGCAAAUUCGACGACACCGCGCCAUCAAGCGAGAUCCGCCGCAGUGCCCGCGGCCCAGCCCGCAAGAACUACGCCGAGGCCAGUGACGAGGACGAAGACGCAGACGUUGAGAUGCAGGAUCUGGGUAGCGAAGAAGAAGAAGAAGAAGAAGAAGAAGAAGAAGAAGAUACGCGUGGCGGUGCCGACGACUCCGAGGAGAGCCAGAGUGAGGUAGAGCCGCAGAAGCGGGCAAAGAAGGCAGCAAAGAAAGAGGCGCCGAAGGCGAAGACUGCGAAGUCCAAGGCGUCUGUUGAUGUAGAGACGCAGUGCGCAGUGCCACUGCCGAAUAGAUCGCGAUGCACGCGCGAGUUGACGUGUGAGAGGCAUAGCUUGAGCGCGAAGAGGGCGGUGCCAGGACGGAGUGCGCCGUUUGAUCAGCUGUUGGCGUGGUCCCAGAAGGGAGCGAAAAAGACGAACGGAGUGGCAAAGCAGAGUGGCAAGGCGAAGGAGAAGGAGGUCUAUGAUAUCUCGUCGGAUGAGGAGUUAUCCGAGCCGCCCGACACCGACGACGAAUGA